AUGCUAGGGCCAACGCAUGCCUUUGCCGAGGCGCGGGCAUUGAGUGCCGAUGUAGCUGCGCUGUUUGCAGGCUCGCAUGCUGCGAUUUAUUUGCCGCCGGCGGUAUCCAAGGACGAGGAGCAAGUGUACUAUGACGAGCUGGUACGUGUUCAGCUCGUCCUGCAGCUUCCGUCCGUGCCGAGCAAACUGCCGUCUCCCGAGCACGCCGAUGGCGCUUGGGUCGAAGACUUUUCUGGCUGUGCACAGCUACCGCCAUUGCUGCUCACGAUGCUUGACUCACUGCAAGUCAAGAUCAGCGGCACACUCGCGUCCAAGCCGCUCUUUGCGAAGCAGUGGAUGCGCAGCGGCUCACCCAGUGCGUUUGUCCUGCUCGACAAGAUGCACGGCGCCCCGUAUGACGAUGAUGUGCGUGUUCCUUUUGGAAAAGACGCGUUCCAGCACGGCGUUACUUACGAAACCGAAGCCAAAGCAUGGAAAGUUGCAUGGGUGGGCGAUGUCGUUGCACCACUUCCCAGCAUGCAGCCUGGCAUUGCAUCUCUGCAGCUCACCUCUUCGUUUGCCCUGAACAUUGAUAUGGCACAGCUCGUGCGCGAGAUCGAUGCACCGCCUCUUCAGACCCCUUUCCACUUCACCACCAGUACAUAUCACCCGUUCAUGCACACGCACGACCCGUACAUUGUCGAUGUCGACCUCCUACAUCCACUCACCGAGCCUGUCACGCUUCCAGACGAGACGCACGAUCAGCGCCACGCCCAUAUUGCUUCGAAACUGUGCAUGUUACCCGUAUCGAUGCUGCUCCCUGCCGCCGGCAUUGACCUCGUGACGCCAUCAUCGCAGUCGCUCUCCCUGGAGCGUGCCUUUGCGCGCGCGAAAGAAAUAGAGGCUGCAGCGGUGGCCGCUGACGCAGAUAUCGCCCUUGCACCGUUUGCGUCAGACAGGGCACGGUCGAAGAACAAUGCCAUGGAACGCCGCGGCUCGCUCCCUACAGCCUUCUCCGACGACACCGAAGCGCACGUCGCGAACGAUGUUGCCAGCGCAGCGUGCAUGGGCAUUCUCGUUCUCACGCGAAAAACGAGCAUUGCGCGCGACGUCUUUCCCACGAUCACCGUGCAUAUGCGCACGAUGAACCAUGCAGCAAUGAUCCAGCCCGAAUGCCCGGGGUACGCGGUCGCACCGUGCUCUGUGCUGCUUUCGAUCGAGCUCGAGAGCGUGUGUGCGCGGAGCACGUUUAUCGUCCACGACCUCAGCGUCGCUGUGGGCGCGGCGCUUGGCGGAGAGAGCAAUACAUGCCUAAAAGAAGAUCUCUUCCGCGCAGUGGUCACGCCGCUCGGCACGCCCAAACACCACACACAAUUUCCCGCAAAAAUGGAGCCUCUUGCGCAGUACAAUUUCCUAUAUACCGUCCAUCUCGAGACCCCCGAAAACCAUGCGGGCGACGUUGCGCGCGUGCUGCAGCACUGGGCGCCGCAUCGCACGACCACUGUGAUGCUGCGCGGCGCGUCGCUGCCUCACACUGCCGACGUCGACGAGGCGCGCGGCUCGUCGUGCUCGAUGCAGUGGAACGGCACCAUGGAUCUCAGCCACGUGCGCGUGGAGCUGCAGCGGCGGCUCGCGGCGUCGAUUGCGGUGCUCCGCUCCACGGGGUGGGAUCCUGCAUUGCCUGCGCUGCCUGUACAUCGCAUUGAAGAACAGGCACACGUCGUGCUGGGCGAUGCACAGCACAGCGCCACGGCACUCUUGCUCCAGCACCGGCCGCCGCCCCUUUUGCCCAGCAUUGCACCGUACAGUGCGCCUGUGCCGGCGGCGGUAUCGCCGCCGCCGCCGACGCCGCCUGCAGGGCACAGUGUAUCGUACCUUGAUGCUGCCCAGGCGCGCUUUGCGCAAAUGACACGCGGCGAGUCGGAAUACGUGCGUCCAAGCGCCGUGCACCAUUCGUAUGCGUGGGGCAGAGAGAGCAAAGACGCAGACGCGCUUUUGUCUUCCUCGCUCGCGCACACACUUAUUGCUUCGGUCGAGGUGCUUGCUGGCGUCGUGGGCGACUCAUAUACGCUCCUGCCCACAAACGGCCAGGGCGAGCUUGGCGCGACGCUCAGCGUUGCGCGCCGUAAUUCGGUGCGCAUUCGCCUCGGCGUGUACAAUGUAUCCUCCGACGUGAUGGAUGUAGUGCUAAACUGGCAGCCUGCGAGCCUCCGCGCGGCAUCCUCGGUGUGUGGCUUUGUGCCGGAUCGGAGUGAUGUACAUAUUGGCAGACCUAUCUUGCCCGGCGCAAGUCGUGUCGCGGAGCUUGGCCUUUGUGCAAUUGCGUCGGGCCUCCAACAGCUCGGCGAGCUCGCCGUGCGCGACACGCACUCGCACAGUACGUGUAUCUUGCACAACCUCGGCACCGUGUAUGUAGGUUCGUAG